GAAAUCCGGCAUUAUUCACCACAAAUUCAAACCCUAAACCAGCAAAAGAAGAAACAAAGAAGAAGAAAAGAAAUGGUGAAGAUUGGGAGACUGUACAUCACUGAUCCUCCAAAACGGUCAAAUCCAUUCGCAAAAUAUAUUGAAUCAGUCGGUUCCUCAAAAUCUAAGCUUACCUUGCCGUCUUCGUCAUCAUCUCCCCGUGAGCAAGUUCCUUUGCAAACAGCAACAUCGCCGACUUCUCCUCCAUGUCAACCUUCACCUCCUGCAAUCAUUCCCUCACCUGAUCCAGUCGAUGUAAAUAGUCAAAGCUCCUUCGAUCUGGCCGGUGCUCGGGCCGAAUACGAGAACUGCAAAAGUUCUGAUGAAAAAGUGAAACUGAAAGCGCGGCUACAGCCAAUGAUUCUGGAUCACUUACAGAGGUUAUCAGAGAUGGAAGCGAAAAGCAAUGUAGGGAUUGAGAUUGCAGAGCUGGUUGAUUUCUUGAAGUUAUUGAAUCCUUCAGAUCCGAAAUUCCAAGAGUUUGGUAAUAUAAGCCAUACGAGUCGUGAAGGAGUCAUAAGGCUGCAUGAAGGAACGUUGAGGAUCAAAGAAGCGCAAGAGAAGUUGCAAUCUGAACUUGCGAGAAUGUCUCUCCCAAUUGCAGAUUGAUUGAUGUCUAUAUUUGGUUUGUUUUCUCUGAAUUAGUCUUCUUUUUUCAGUUUACUAUCUCCCCAUUCUCAAAGAUGUGCAUAUUUCUUAUACGAAUUAGGAACUGGAACUUUGUAUUUGUACAUAGUAUCUCCCUUUUUUCUGGCUG